ACUUCGAUCCUGACUCUUCAAGAGAAAACAAUUCACAACUUGUAUCUUCCUUGGACGCCAUAUAUUUAGCAAGUUUAUUUCAAAGUUUAGAACAAGAUAAACUUAAUGGCGAAGAUUUCAUUCUUGAAUUUGAUAAAUUAUUAAAAGAAAAAACUGUUCCGGAAAAAUUGAAGGAAACUUUUAAAUUACAUAAGUUGGAAAAGUUUAUAGGAGGCACGGUUGAAAAAGAUAGUAACAAGAAUAAGUUCAAGAUUGUUACCCCAAAACGUACUUAUCUUUUUCAAGCCGAUUCUACCACAUCGAUGGAAGAAUGGGUAACACAACUGCAAAGGUCGUUAGUUCGCGCCAACAAUGAUGGUGAUCACGUAAAGAUUGUAAUUCCAAUCGAAAGUAUCACUGAUAUUGACAAUAAAUUAACUUCGAGUUUUCAAGAUACAAUUCGAAUAAAAACCAUUGAUCAAGAUGAAAAUGAAGAUGAGUAUUUAUUUGCGUUUGUUGUGGAUAGUCAAACCCUAUUUGAAAAACUUCAAAUUCUUUGGAGUCAGUUUAAGGGGCAGAAUUUAUCUCGUACGCAAAGCUAUAAACGGCCUCUUUCUCCAGAAUUAACUAUUGCUGGCUUACCGAUAAAUGCGAUAAAUGUUUUUUCUGGAUGGAAUCCAUUCUCCAUUAAUAAACGGAGAAAAAGUGUAGAUGAAACAUUAACGACUACAACAAGAUCCGUCUCUAAGUCAGUACAAUCCUCAAGUUCAACUUUGGAUUUACCGGCUGAACGUGAAGUUCAAUCCAGUGUAAAGAAAAAUCUUACGCGCCGCGUUAACACAUUAAUUCAAAACCCAAUAAAGUAUAUGAGUUCUUCGUUCAAUAAAAGUCCGGAAGAUGAAACAAAAGAACGUUUCAGGGAACAUUUUGCUUUACCUGAAAAUGAAAAUCUGCAUGCCGUAUUCUACGGAUAUUAUCUUCGUAUGAUUCCGUUAUAUGGCAAGUUUUAUGUUUCCGAUAAUUACAUCUGUUAUAAAUCUAGAGUACCUGGUCAAACAACAAAAAAACAAAAUCCAACAAUUUUGGGAUAUUAUGGGCUGGAAAUUUUGACUAAUUCUCAACAGGAGAUGUUCUUUGAAUUUGGAUUUAAGGAUAUAAGAGAUAAUUUUGUAGAUCUGUUAAAGCGCUUAAGGAAUGCGGAUAAGAGACGAAUACCAUCAGAUGGUUCUGGAAACACUGACGAAAGCCAUACGUAA